AUGGCUGUAACAGAGAUGAAGAAGACACUGAGGCAGAUGUGGGGAGGGGUGGGACGUCACACCGGCCCAAACCACACUAGUGGCUGUGCCGUGACUAAAAGGACUUCCUGCUAUCGUACGCCGCUGCAGCCUCGAGGUAAACCCCCUCAGACCACCCAAAGGGCGGUGCCGCCAUUACAGCCGCCCCCGCGCCCCCUCCCUCAGCACGGCCGGGGCACAUGCGCGGCGCGCGCGGCGCCUGCGCGCUGGGGCCGCGGCGAGGGCUCGGCGAGGAUUCGGGGCGCCGCGCGGUCGGGCAGGGGCGCUCCGCGGGGCUGCUCCGCCGCCGCUCACGCCCCCGCUUUCGCCUACUCCUCCUCCUCCUCCUCCUCGCCGCCGCCGCAGCAGCAGCUGGCGCUGCUUCUGAUGCAGCCGUGCGGCGGCGGGGAGGCGGCGGCUGGGACGGCAGGGGUGGCGCUGCAGCCGGUGUCGAGCGCCGACGGGCCGCUGCCGCCCUCCUCUAGCGGCGGCUUCAUGGUGCUGUACGGGCUGGGGGGCCCCGGCGGGGCCGAGGCAAGGGAGGAGGAGGCCGAGGCCGAGGCGGCGGGCGGCGAGAGCACGGCCAGCUUGGAGGAGCUGGAGGAGGAGGAGGCGGAGGCAGAGGCGGGGGCGGCGGCGGCUUCGAGCGGCGAGGCGGCGGCGGGCGGCGAGUGCAAGAGCUGCACGUACCAGGGCUGCAGCGAGACCACCACGCAGGUGGUGAAGCAGCGCAAGCCCUGGAUGUGCAAGCGGCACCGCAACAAGAUCUACAAGGACAAGUACAAGCGCAAGAAAAGCGACCAGGCCCUGGGGGGCGGCGGGACGGCGGCGACAGCCGGGGGAGGCUCCCGGGCCGAGGAUAGUGUUGAAGGUUCAGUUCCUGUUACAAAGCAGAGAACAGGAUCCAUUGGAGAUCGCCCAGCAAGACCUACUCUUUUAGAACAAGUACUGAAUAAAAAAAGGCUGUCCCUACUCAGAAGCCCAGAAGUAGUGCAGUUUCUACAGAAACAACAGCAACUGUUAAGUCAACAAGCUUUGGAACAAAGGCAACAACAGUUUCAAGGAGCCCCUGGGUAAUGAGAAUAGAUCAAUGACCUUCAGAUCAGUCUGGUGCUGAAGGAGGGAUAGGAUCUGUAUUUUGUAUAAAUACAAAGAAUCUCAAUGUUUAAAGGAAAAUGAAAGUUGCUUUUGUUAUGUA